AUGUGCGCACGUCACCAUUGCACCCGGCCGAGGUUUCUCGGCCAUGUGCGCACCUCGGUAGUGCACUUUGGCGAGGAAAGGUGCACACGACCAAGAAAUCUCGGACAUGUGCGCACCUUGGUAGUGCACUCGGCCGAGGAAAUCUGCACUCGACCGAGAAUUCUCGGCUAUGAGCGCACCUCAAUAGUGCACUCGGCCGAGGAAAGGGGCACAGGACCGAGAAAUCUCGGACAUGUGCGCACCUUGGCAGUGCACUCGGCCGAGGUUUCUUGGCCAUGUGCGCACCUCAGCAUUGACUCCGGCAAGGAGAAGUCCACUUGGCCGAGGUUUCUCGCCAUGUGCACACCUUGGUCGUGCACUUGGGAGAUUCUUGUGCACUUUGUCCGAAAAAGUCGUAACUUUUUUUUCGGGCAAUAG